GCCCCAUCAUCUGGCUGCUGGAAAGUCAUUCUUCUCGUUUCCAUCUCUUUUUUCGACCCACUGUUAGUUGUCUAUCGUCUAUCGAUAAGGGCUUUAAGGAACCUCCCCCACCUCAGCAACAGGAAGGCUCGCCCCCCCGCUAUUUUUAUUUCUGAUCCACCCUCUCAAUUUUUCCCUCCUUCACUCUUCAACGUCAGACUCUCCUCCUCCCACCAUCCCUAUCGAGUCCAUCCCAUCCCUACUAGCACACCAAACACACAGUCGAGAUGGUGUCCGCAUCCAAAGCCGCCCGCCUGGCGAAGCGUGGCGAUGCUAAGGCCAAGAAGGCCAGCAAGUCGAAGGACGACACCCCCGUCGAGUCCGGUGCUGAGGACCAGCCUGCCACCACCGACGCCAAGAUGAAGGAGGUCGAGAAGCUCACAGCACAGAUGGACAAGCACGGCCUGUCUGAUCGUGUCACUACCGGUGUGCUCUCGUCUAUGCCGUCCUCCCGGGAUGCUAAGAUCACGUCCGCGUCUCUCGUGUUUCACGGAAAGGUCCUCAUUACGGACUCUACUCUCGAACUCAACUUCGGUCGUCGCUACGGUCUGCUCGGUGAGAACGGUUGCGGAAAGUCGACUCUUCUCAAGGCCAUCGAUGCCCGUGAGUUUCCUAUUCCCGAGCACAUCGACAUCUACCUUCUGAACGAGGGUGCUCCUCCUAGCGACCUCGGUGCGCUUGAGUGGGUCGUUACUGAGGCGCAGAACCAGCUUGACCGUAUGGAGAAGCAGGCGGAGGAGAUCCUGGAGAAGGAAGGUCCUGACAGUCCUAUUCUUGAGGACUUGUACGACCGCAUGGACAAAAUGGACCCCUCCACAUUCCAUACUCGUGCUUCCCUAAUCUUGACUGGUCUUGGUUUCAACAAGACGACUAUUCACAAGAAGACCAAGGACAUGUCCGGUGGUUGGCGAAUGCGUGUGGCCCUCGCCAAGGCCCUGUUCGUCAAGCCCUCUCUGCUUCUUUUGGACGACCCCACCGCUCACUUGGAUCUCGAGGCUUGUGUGUGGUUGGAAGAGUACCUGAAAAAGUGGGAGCGUACUCUUGUCCUGGUUUCUCACUCUAUGGAUUUCCUCAACGGUGUCUGCACUAACAUGAUCGACAUGCGCAUGAAGCAGCUUCUGUACUACGGUGGUAACUACGACUCUUACCACAAGACCCGUGCCGAACAGGAGACCAACCAGAUGAAGGCCUACCACAAGCAGCAGGAAGAAAUUGCUCACAUCAAGAAGUUUAUUGCCUCCGCCGGUACCUAUGCCAACUUGGUGCGUCAGGCAAAGUCUCGUCAGAAGAUCCUCGACAAGAUGGAGGCAGAUGGUUUCAUCCAACCCGUCAUUCCCGACCGUGUCUUCAGCUUCCGCUUUGCCGAUGUUGAGAAGCUUCCCCCUCCUGUCCUGUCUUUCGAUGACGUUUCCUUCUCAUACUCCGGUAACUGGGAUGACACUCUCUACGAGCACCUUGACUUCGGUGUCGACAUGGACUCCCGAACUGCCCUUGUCGGUCCCAACGGUGUUGGUAAAUCGACCCUGCUGCGUCUCAUGACUGGCAAGCUCUCCCCUAUCGGUGGUCGUGUCAGCCGUCACACCCACUUGAAGCUCGGCAUGUACAGCCAGCACUCCGCUGAGCAGCUCGAUCUGACCAAGUCUGCCCUGGAGUUCGUCCGUGAUAAGUUCCCUGAGAAGUCUCAGGAUUUCCAAUACUGGCGUCAGCAGCUCGGUCGCUACGGUCUCUCCGGUGAGGCCCAGACCGCUCUGAUGGGUACUCUAUCCGAAGGUCAGAAGAGCCGUAUUGUUUUUGCUCUGCUUGCCAUCGAGUCUCCCAACAUGCUCCUGCUCGACGAGCCUACCAACGGCCUUGAUAUCCCCACCAUUGACAGUUUGGCUGAUGCUAUCAACGCCUUCAGCGGUGGUGUUGUCGUUGUGUCUCACGAUUUCCGACUCCUCGACAAGAUUGCCAAGGACAUCAUGGUCUGCGAGCACAAGACUGUCCGCCGCUGGGACGGCACCAUUGGUGAAUACAAGAACCACCUCCGCAAGAAGAUGAUUUCCGAGGGUACCGUCUAAACGGGCCCGUUACCUUUUUUCUCUUUUAACGACUGGCAUGCUAGAUCACGAUACAACGUGGGAAAAGAGGAAAAGUUCUUUUGUUGUGUAUUCUCUGUCUCUACCCCGGGAGUGAUGAGCCGUCCUGGAAGGAUGGAUGGAUGAAUGAUAUAGGGGACGUUUAUGUCCCAGUUUUUUUGUUGUUUGCGUCUGUGUCUCGUGCUUCUGGAGAUAUCUGUUUUCCGAUUUUCUAUAGGGUGCUUUUUUUCUACUUAACUUUAGAUGGCCUGUGCUACUUCUCAUACCUUCAUUCCUCCAUCAUCUAGACUUUGGCUCGGAGAUUGAAUUGAUAUCUUUGCCUUGGC